AUGAAUCAAGAAAUAACAAAAACCUCUAAUAAAAACAAAAACAAUAAUAAUGAUAAAAAUCCCGGGGAGACAAACUCAAAGCGCGUCACUGAUAACAACAACAACGUGGGCGAUAGCGACGGUGAUGCACGCAGGGGGCCGCUCACUAGGAAUAGGAAAAGAAGAGAAAUGCUGAUGGAAGAAUGGGCCAAGGAUCACGGCUACCGUGACUACUCAACAAUAACUUCUGACGGAUACACGGACACCGGAUCGACAAUCACCAUCUCACCGGACAGAUCUUUGGGUGUUACGGGUGAGAGACUGUCUGACUCGGACUCUGCGGACACAAUAAAUAUCUGGGCAUCACAACCCCCGCUCCCUGCUCCCGCAAGAACAUUGGAGCCCCUACCGCUGUCUCCGCUCUCUCUCUCCUCCCUCUCGUCUUUGGCAUUGCCGGACGGCUUGCCGAGGUCACCUAGACUAUCACUGUCAUCAUCAUCAUCAUCGUCUUCAUUUAUCUCCGUCUCCAACCACGACACGGAUAGAACAGCAGAAUGCACCUCUCCAAAGGAUACCAUCUCUCCCAGCACAAAAACAACAAAAACAACAACAACAACGAGUGAUAAAGACGGAGGGAAAGGGGACGAGCUUCCAGACUUGGAGGAGUGGAGGAAUACUCCCAGUUGCUCAUACGCAUGGAUGGGGGACAGAGAGUGGGAAACCGCAAGACGCACUGUACUACCCCCACCACUGUCGUGGCUCAGGGAGCAACGAGAGAACACCGCAGGCGAACCAGAGGGCACUGGAUGGGAAAGAAUCACCAACAACAAAGAGGCGGGGGGAAAAGGGAAAGGGAAAGGGAUAGGCAAGAGAUCGCUACCAACACCUGCAAUCGAACCUAUAAGGAAAAAAGAGGGAAAGAUGACCUCGGGUACCCCCCCCUCCUCCUCCUCCUCCACCGCCCCGGCCCCCCUUCCUUCUCAGCCUGCGGACUCACACAGCGCGACAUCACCACCAAAGGGAACAGGCGCAGAAAUAAUCUAUGGAGCCUCACGAAUAGCCGUGCAGCCGCCUCUGUCACCGCUGCCACUUCCGCACCAACUCUACAGACGUCGGGAACGGAGGAGGAUGACCCUUCCUCGCUCCCCACCGCUCCUCAGGAGCGCCCUUCGGAUUCAUUCUUCCCCUCCUCCUCUUCCUCCUCCUCCUCCUCCUCCUCCUCCCCUUCCUCCUCCUCCUCCUCCUCCUCCUCCUCCUACUCCUCUCCGCCCUGCAAAAGGGAGAAAAUAA